CCUUGGAAUUCUCUUUUUAUUAUAUCACAUCUUCUAAAGCCUCGAGCAAAAUGAAACAGGCUUUGCUGAUACAGUUAAGAUGAAGUUACUUCAAUUGAUAGAUUCUGCAGAUGCUGGAAAUCCAAAGCAACACACACAAAAUGCUGGAGGAAUGCGGCAACCAGGCAGCAUCCGUGGAAAAGAGUCAGCAGUCGCUGUUUUGGACUGAAGAAUAUCACACCUACAGGUGUUUGUGGUUCUUUCAAGGUUGUGAUCUACAGGUGGCACUCAAACUACGUCUUUUUGUUUAUGGCAGAUGAGUUCCCAUUCCUGGAGCUCAUCGGCCAACCAGUUUCUGACUUUAUCCAGGUUUGACUUGGGAGGUGGCACCUCCAGGGUGCAGCCCUGUGAAUGACCUAUUCCAGGCUGGUGCUGCUGGCUGAGGCAUCACAGGAGAUGGAACGUUAGGAUCUUGCUGUGGCGGAUGUAUGGAAAAGCGACAUGGCAGACUGUAAUAUCGUAACAGUGACUGUCAGUCUCCCCUUUCGCUGUGAAAAUGGAUGGUGUCUCUCUGUCCCUGGUUAGUGAGAGAGAGAGAGAGCUUCUGGUGUGUUGAACUGUCAGGUUUGGUGAGACAGUAUUUCUUAUCAGUUCAGCAUCAAAGCAGCAAUGUCUGAAACCAAUGUUCAGGAAAAGUUCAAGGAAAAGAUCACUGCUGUUCGAACUGUGGUUCCAAACAGAAGUAAUAAUGAAAUUGUCCUGGUGCUUCAACAUUUUGACAACAAUGUAGACAAGGCAGUGCAGGCCUUUAUGGAUGGCAGUGCAGUGGAGGUUUUGAAAGAAUGGAACAUGCCAGGUAAAAAGAAGCACAAUAAGAAAAGGAAAAGGAAACUGAGACAGGCAAAUGGCCAAGUAAAAGAUGAAAAGACCCAAGGACUGGGAGAGAAUGCAGAUCUCCCCCUACCAAAAGGUGGACUGAAUGGGUACCAUGCCAACAGCUCAGCAAAUGAUGAUUCCUCGGCGGACUCUCUCAGUGAGAAGACGGAAAUUCUUUCCAACGACGAGAAAGCAGCAACCAGCCCAGUGUUACAUCAGUUAAUGGCCCCAGAGAAAACAGUUGGUCUCUCUCAGGAAAAUGAGACCACGCCAUUGGAGCUACUACCUCAGCCCGUUCAGGAUGCCCAAAAAUGUCAGACCACCAGAACAACGAACAAGAUGAAGCCAAAAGCCUUGCCCAGUUCCCAUCCACCUGCUCCUAUGUCUUCAUCGGUGCCAGGUGACCCGGCAUCAAGCAAGAAAAGAGCAGGUACAAGCAUUGAAAAAUCAGUGAAGGACUUGCAACGAUGCACAGUCUCAUUGGCCAGAUACCAGCUCCUGAUCAAAGAGGAAAUGGAUGCUUCUGUGAAGAAGAUUAAAACUACCUUUGCAGAGUUGCAGGCCUGCAUCAUGGAUCGAGAGGUCGCAUUGAUGACAGAAAUGGAUAAAGUCAAAAAGGAAGCUAUGGAGAUUCUAGAAGGAAGACAGAGGAGGGCUGAGGAACUAAAGAGAUUGACCGAUAUGGCCAUCCAGAUGUCAGAAUCCCAGCUUGCUGAGCUCAGAGCUGAGAUUAAGCAAUUUGUAAGUGAACGUAAAUAUGAUGAGGAUCUGGGCAAGUCAGCACGAUUCACUGGUAAUGUCAGUAGCCUGCAGACCCAAAUCCAGCUGUUUGGAGAAGUUUCACAUCCAAAGAACAACUACUCCACAAGAUCACAGUGCAGCUCCUUCUUGGUUCCACGACAUCAAAAUCCUCGAGGUGAUUCCAGUAAUGUCCAUUCACCAUCCAGCUCACUGAGUGCAACAGCAUCCACUGGUCAUAAAGUAACAAACUCCAAGGACAGUUCAAACGUACAGAAAGUGCCUACAGACAGACAGAACAAUCAACGUAACGGCCCAUCGAAUCAAAGACGAAGCUUCUACCCUCGAGCACAAGGUCAAAGGCUCAGUGGAAGCAGUUUCCCAGGAAAACCUGAAGAUGGUAGGGAUCGGGGCAGGAAAGGGCCUCCUCAGGAAGGUUAUAAAAGUCAGCAUCAGAACAGCAAGUCUGGGCAUCAGGGACAAACUCAUGAUACCGGCAAGCUGCUAACGACAAAUUCGAAUAGUCCUGUUCCACCAACUAAAAUCAAUUCGCAAUCAAGACCCCCUGAACCAGACACUCCUGUGUCUGCAGUUUUCAGCAAAAGUGUUUCUCAGUAUAGGUCAUGCCCUAUAAAACAAGAGAUACCUGUUGAUACCAAAGUAUUGUCCAUACCUAAUAGAAUGACUGUAGUAGCCUAAUUUAAUUGAAUUACUUUCUUUCCAGGAUUAAGUUCUUUUGUGAUUUACCUUCAUACAAUUCUGGUAAAUUUAAAGUGAAAAAAAUGAUUAUUUUUAAUUUUAUAUUUUCUUGUCUCAGAUAAAGGACCUUGUGAAAAUGAGCACAUUUUGCUGAAAUUGGCCAUAUAUUCCAUUUGUAAAGGAAACUGUUUUUAAACUUGCUGGAAAUGACAAUGUUAGAGCAUGAAGAAAACCGCAACCAUUUUGCUGAGAAAAGAAAUUAUCACAUAUGUGACUUUUAUUUUGGCUGACUCAUGGCGGGGAUUUUGGGGGUUGGGCAGUAGGGUAAGAUGUGUUGUCAUGUGGUAGAGCCAAAAGGCUGUAUAUCAAUAAAUAAAAUCAUAAAUGAUGAGUUUUAUGCUCAACCUGUUCUUAAAGGAUAUCUGUGCAAUGUUAUCUCUUUGAAAAUUAUGCCAUUUGUGAAAUGACUAAUAAAGUUUUUAAGCAUCUCCUUUUGCUGAAAGUGCCCCUUUAACAAAAUAAUCAUUCGCCAGAUUUA